AUGGCGCCCGGGUUCCCCCAUCCAAGAGUUUCAAAGAAUUCGCAAAAUACGCAAUUGAGUUACGAACUACCGCAUCGAAUUCAUACCACUAAGAUCUACCCGUUACCUUCACCAAAUGGAUCAACGAUAAUUUUACAAGGCAACGAAGAUGGAGUGAGAAUAAUCUGGAAAGGUGGUAGGCCUUUCAAAUUACAAAGAGAGAUAAGCCCAAAGACUACACAAACCAAUGGUGCGACCAAAGUCAUUUCUCUCGACUCAGAUGAAGAUGAACCUUCAAAACCACCUUUCGAAGAUAAACCAGAAUUUGAAGACGAGGAAGAGGAAAUCGAUCCAAGGAGGCCAUACCCGAGCAUUUUGCAGACUCUAGAUUUACAAUUUGGAACCGAUGUUCUUCACAUUAGCCUUUUGCCAAGCUCCACACUGAAAGCGGAUGGCAUUCCCUGGCGCGGAAUUGAUCCAUUGAAACAAAAAAUUGUUUUCACUGCAGCUUGCGGUGAUAAUACUGUUCGGCUAAUCACAUUACCUCUCACACCGCCGUCUCCUCUUAGCAAGGACCGUGAUGAAUUUCGACUUACCCCCGCGAUAGCGAAUGUCGGAAAUGGAAAAUGGGGAGAGACUAUGAUUAUCUUGACUGGUCACCAGAAGACUUCUGAUGGAACAUCUAUGACGGUUGAUUUUGAAGGAAAACAGGCUUCCACGAAAGACGAUUCAAGCACUGCAUUAGGAACUCAAAUUAUAGUAGCUUCGCAUUCAAGAGAAAUCACUGGAUUGUUACAGCUAUGGCGCAUACCACUGCCAAUACCUCCUUCAUCAACCAUGGUGCCACCCUUCCAAUCGGUUUACAUGUCAUCUCCAGCAGUCAGCAUUUCGUUCAAUCCAUCAUUCUUAGAACAGCACUCAAAUCAUUUGCUUGUCGCCGAUAAUCUAGGCACUUGCCGAAUUUACAAUUACAAGCUUCUGGUUAAUUCUUCGGAAGAUCCUGAGAGCGCGAUCGCCGAGCAAGGAUCUUGGCUCAUUUCCUUGUACCCCGGGUUCAAGAGCAACAAAGCCGAUUCCCAGGCAUCGCACAAGAAUACUUACUCUGGGUUUGGUCGAAAAUCGAUUGUAGAUGCAAAAUGGGUAUAUGGUGGCAAAGCAGUUCUCGUACUACUGAGUGACGGAGAAUGGGGUGUGUGGGAUAUGAAUGGUGUAGGACCAGGAGCGAAAAGAGGUGUCCUUGGUCAACAAUCGAUAAAAGGAGGUUCACGAUCAGAGUUCUCCCUUACAGGCUAUGUCGAAGGUGCAGCCAAAUCUAACUCAAAAACAACUGGCCCUCCACAAAUCUCUCAAUCAAAAUUCGCUCCCAUGACUCCUGGAACGCGUAAAACAACCGAUCUAUUCAGCAAUAAGAUUCAGCCCACUGGUCCAGUCCGCGGAAAAAUAUCAGUACUUGAGAUACCAUCCGUGGCAUCUCAUUUAGCAUUUGAAGAAUCUAUUCUGUUCUGGUUAGGUGAUUCCUACACCCUUAUUCCCUCUCUCUCAAAAUACUGGUCAGCCAAUCCUCGCAAAGGUCAAUCUUCAACAAAUAUUUUCAACACAUCUCCUGGUUCCCGUCCCAUUAAGUUGGAAAAUGUGGACUUAUUGGGCGAACGUUGUAUUGGUAUCGAACAAGCUCCCAAGUCCUCAAUUUCACCACAUACCAGGUCCGAGAUACCAUCCGAUAUUUUCAUAAUUGGUGAACAUAGGUUUAUCAUUUUCAUUGGAGGCAAAUCUGUAGCGCCGAAACCAAAUCAAAACGCAUACGCAUUACAAUUGGUGCAAAGAGAAGAUGAAGAUGAGGAGAUGACGGAUGAUAAAAUGAUAGCGGUAGGAAGUGGUGAAUUGGAUGUUAAUGAUAUCGAUAGAGCAUUGGCGAGGAUGGAAAAUAAGGAAAGAUCGGGUGGAGGUUUAAUGUUUGGUGGGAAGGGAAAAUGGUAG